AUGAGGGUGGACGCCGCGGUGGGAGCGGCCUCGGCAGCCCAGGAGAAGGCGCUAGUCGUGCACGAGGACGCGCUGGAGGCAGCAAGCUGCACCGCAAGCAGGUCAAUCGACCGGCUGCUGUGGCAGGGCAGUGCGGACGUGGCGAAGGCUGUGACGCUCUUCGGACCUGGCAUCGUGGUGCUGCCCAUGCUGGGCAAGGUCUCUGGCGUGAGCGAGGAGGAGUGCCUCACGUACGCCUCGCACCCCAAGCGGCUCGCCAAGGGCGGGCUGAUGGACAGGGUGGACCUCGAGGCCAAGUUCGGGCAGAUCGACCCCGCCAGGCUGGUCGAGGAACUUGCCGGGGGCCGUGCGGGCCUCGAGCGGCGGCUCCGCGACAUGACUGGCCAGCAGCUGCAGGACGAGGUCAUGGCCCUGCAAGAUUGGCGUGCGAAGGCGAACGGGCGCAUGACGACUCUGGAGAAGAGGGCCGCCUGGGCUUUCCUCGGCAUUCCCGCCGGAUCCGCAAGUCAGGCAGCUGUCCGGAAGGCCUUCAAGAGAAAGGCGCUGGAGCUGCACCCUGACAAAGGUGGUGACGCCGACCGCUUUCAGCUACUCCAGCAGAUGAAGGAGCUCCUGAUACAGCCCACGGCGCAGGAGGUCGAGCAUCGCCAGAAGGAGGACCAGGAGAGAAGCCAGGAGGCGGAGAAGGCUGCGAAGGAUGCCGAGGAUCGUGAGCAAAGAAAGAAGGACGAAGCGUUCAAGGACAAGGACCAGGACCACGAGGACGAGUUCAGUUGCGGUUUCUCGUCGGAUCUGCGCGCUACGAUGUCAACGAGGAGUUGA